CCCUGUAGAGAUGUCCUCACAUCCCCACUGUGCUGGCAGCACUCCAUUCUGCUGAACAGGUUCAGCCCAUGCACUGAGCUGGAGAACAGCUUGUGUGUGCAGGGAUAUCACCCUGCCUUCCAAGGAGGUUUGCCCUAUCUUCCAGCAGCAUUUAAGUGCUACAUCAGGAGAACUCCUGGGAAAUUCCCUGCUCAGAAACACCAGGCUGGUAAACUGAAGGAGUAUUACCUGCUGAAUGCGGCUUCACUGCUGCCGGUGCUGGCCUUGGAAGUGAAGGAUGGGGAAAAUGUUUUGGAUCUCUGUGCUGCACCUGGGGGUAAAUCAGUGGCUAUCCUGCAGUGUGCCUGUCCAGGUCAGUUUCACUGCAAUGAAUAUGAUGAUUUGAGGGCAAGAUGGUUGGAAGAGACCAUAGAAUCCUUCAUCCCAGAACCUUUGAUUAACUCGAUAAUGGUCUCCAAACUGGAUGGCAGACACAUUGGAGAUCUUAAACCUGAAUUAUAUGACAAGGUACUGGUUGAUACUCCUUGUUCAAAUGACAGAAGUUGGCUUUUCUCUUCUGAUAUUCAUCAAGCUACACUCAGGGUGAUCCAAAGGAAGGAAUUAUCAUGUGUACAAUUCCAGCUUCUGAGGUCUGCUAUUAAAGCACUGCGUCCUGGUGGAUCCUUGGUGUAUUCUACAUGCACUCUCUCAAAGGCAGAAAACAGUGAUGUGAUAAACCUCAUUCUAAACUCCUGCAGCAAUGUUAUGCCUGUGGAUAUAAGUGAAAUGGGCAGAGCUGUUUCUCAGGAAUUCACUCUUCUUGAUGGCUUGCAGCAGCAUGAACUUCUGGUGCUUCCAGAGAGAGGGAGAGCGUGGGGUCCAACGUACGUGGCUAAAUUAAAGAAAAUCUAGUCCACCUGGUGCCUGUUGGCUCUUUGUAAGGAAUAUAUGAUAAAUUAAUAUUGAUUUAGAGUAUAGGAUGUGUAUAUGAACAUGUUCAAGGCAACUGAAUUUAGAGCAUUGCUGCCUAAUAAAAAGGAAGCUAGAUAUUUAACUUA